AUGCCGGCAGCACGCGCCGGGCCCCGCCGGGCCGCCCUGCGCCCGCAGCAUCGCGGCGGCCCGUGUACCAUGAGCCGCCCUCCCCUGGGCACCUUCUCCGCCCCGCUCGCCUCCUCCUCCCACGGAGCCACCCUCCUCCUCCGCCCCCUCUCCCUGCCAGCCUCCUCCCCGCCCUUCCCCGCACUCCACGCCGGUGCCGGAGUCGCGCGUCACUCGGGCUCCAGCCCCGCCGCAGACAUGGCGACACUGACAGCAGUCCAGCCGCUCACGCUGGACAGAGAUGUUGCAAGAGCAAUUGAGUUACUGGAGAAACUGCAAGAAUCUGGAGAAGUACCAGUACACAAGCUACAGUCUCUAAAGAAGGUGCUGCAGAGUGAGUUUUGUACAGCUAUCAGAGAGGUGUAUCAAUACAUGCAUGAAACCAUAACUGUUAAUGGCUGUCCCGAAUUCCGAGCCAGGGCCACUGCAAAGGCAACAGUUGCUGCAUUUGCUGCAAGCGAAGGCCAUUCACACCCGCGUGUGGUGGAGCUGCCAAAGACUGAGGAAGGCCUGGGCUUUAAUGUCAUGGGAGGAAAAGAGCAAAAUUCACCUAUUUAUAUUUCUCGCAUCAUUCCUGGAGGAGUGGCAGAAAGGCAUGGUGGGCUCAAACGUGGGGACCAGCUGCUUUCAGUUAAUGGAGUGAGCGUGGAGGGGGAGCAGCACGAGCGGGCGGUGGAGCUGCUGAAGGCAGCUAAGGACAGCGUCAAGCUGGUGGUACGCUACACUCCCAAGGUGCUGGAGGAGAUGGAGGCUCGCUUCGAAAAACUGAGAACAGCCCGGCGCCGACAACAGCAGCAAUUGCUCAUUCAGCAGCAGCAACAGCAGCAAACUACACAGCAAAACCAUAUGUCGUAGGUUAUUCUCAAGGAAGAAAAAGCCUCAAUCAAGAGUUCAGUAAUCAAGCAACCAGAGCUGUACUUCAGUAUUCCAGCAAAAGGAAACAACUAUGUGAAACAGAAUUCAUCUGGAGAAUAUACAGUACAAGACUGAUGUAGUUAAGUGAGCCAUACAGAGGGUACCUUCAUGAUAAGGCUUUUCAGCACACAGCAGUCACAGAUACCUAUUACUGCUGUGACUAUUCCUAAUGAGAAAGCAUGAUUGGUAAACCCCAUGAAACAGAGAAGUCCAGAGCUUCCAAUAAUUCUGUUUGAUCUAAUCUUGCACUCCUUACUCUGACAAAUUUGCCAGUUGGCUUUCUUUAGUCACUGAAAAUUUUGUUCAAUGAGGUUAAGAUUGGCUGCUUUUGAGGACAGGAUCUUUCUCUACCAUAGUUAUCUCCAGAAAUGUACAUCUACAUCAGUUCAAAAUUUUGCCACAGACAUCAAACUUAUAUAUCACGCUUCAUAACCACUUUGUACUAUAUAUUGUAGAGCUGUUUUAACCUAACUUCCUGUUUAUAAUUUUCAAAUUUCCCUCUGGAAAUAGCAAUUUACUAUAUUUAUAAAGUAUUCCAUUUGUAGAAGCAAUUGGCUUUUUACUCUUGGUGUUUCCAUAUAUUUUAUUAUACAUCAACAGAGUGAGAAAGUUUUAGGUCAGCUUUAAUUUUAUUAGUAGUAAAGUUAGGGAAGCCUAGAACUGUAUUUUUAAACUUAGGUAUUGCUUGUAUCUAUUAUAGUUACUAUUCAGAAAUCUAUAACUGGAUAUAUUAUAUAUUUAUUCCAUAAAAUAUAUAUUGUCUGAAUGUACCUUUUAGAGAAGUAGGGUCUUUGCUUAGCAUGUAUUGCAAAUGUGGUAAGCUAAUGUUAGCAAAAGACCAAGCUUUGUUAGGCAGAUAUUACUGUGAUUGCAUAAUCUCUGCAUUUCUGUAUUUUUUAAUUUAUUUUCUGGUCUAAUGUUAAUGUAUUUUAGAGAGGAGGAAGUGUAAGUUGUUUCUUUUAAGACUCACACAUUAUCAUUUAAAUCAAUUUGAAAUUAGAGUUCUUUUUUUUUUAAUUAAACCAAAUUGGAAUGUGCAAAGAAAAUCUAUAACUAAGUUCUUAAGUUUACAUGUCUGCUUUUCCAAAGAAGAUAGUCAAAGCUGGAAGGCUAUAGAUGUCAUCUACUUUCAAGAAAAUAAGAAAAUGGGCCCCCAAAUCCUGAAAAAAAAUAUAAGCAUUUUCACAUGCCUUCUGUGCUUCAUUAGAAAAGACUGGGGGGAAAAAGGAGCUUAGGGGAGAACCCUACAGUCCUUGCAUGUUGAAAACUCCAGCUGAUGUCAGUGAAAGUUCAGUAAUGAGAGGAAUGUAGAAAUAGUCAAAACCAGUGUUCUGGUUGAGAACUUGGAACAAAGUCAGAAACAAUUAGUAUUUUGAAGGAUCUAUUCUCAAACAGAGAAAGACAAAGGAAAACAGGGGAAAUUGGCAGUAUCAUAGCAUAUGUUAGAAACCAAAUGCAGGCUAGCCAAAAGUCUUGACAGUAUUUGAUUAGUGUAAGUAGCCAUUAAAAGGAAAUUACUGUAUUUUUAAAACCAAACAGCAUGGAUUCAUCUCGAGAAGCUUCUUUUUAUACCGAGAAGUAAUUCUAUCCAGUAGUCAUCAGUGACAAUAUCAAUUAAGACAGUGGAGUUUGAGAACUAUCAGAGCUGAAGAUGAAAUAUAUUGUAUUGUGCUCUGCACAGUGUCUUUUUAUACUUAAUAAAAUUGUAUGUACCUAUUUUAAAACUGUAUUCUCAAACAGACGUUGCUAUUAAUAUUGACAGUAUAUAAAUUGUUAUUAUGACUGCAUAUAACUGUUCUGUAUCUCAUCAGUAUGAUUUGAAUUACACUGAUAGCUGCAUUUUCAGAGACCAAGUAUUCAGAUUUAGUUAGCCCACUGUACUGCAUUUUUCCAAACUGCCUCUCCACCUCUUCCCCUCCUCUUCUUCAAACAAUUUGAGUGGAAUGUGCUGAUUAAUAAAUUUCAAUAAUAGACUGUCAUUCAUAUAAAGAAGCAUAUCAAAUUCAUUUUCAUAUAUUAUUAUUCAAUAAAUUAUUUAUACACACUAAAAUUAA